AACUGACCUCCCUUCCUGAACUUUUUUGGUGGAUUAUGAAACUAAAACAUACAACAAAGACAGUCCAGAAAUAUUCAAAUUCGAAACUGAAUAAAAUGAGUACUAUGCUUUCAGAACUAACAGCUAACAGUUGUAACAACUAACAUAUACCUAAACACUGGUUUUCAUAUCUACGUGCAAAAUCACGCUAUGUCAUAUUAAAAUCCCUUAAAAUCGUGACAGGAUCAAAUAAACUCAUAUAGUAACUCAAUCUACGUUCCUCUGUUUUUUUUUUUUUUACUUAUGAAAAGAGAUUUCUCUACUGAUUGCUCUUUGUAUCUAAUCAAUCAAAUCUUUGCGCUUCCUUUUGCUGUAGCCUGAGCUACAACUGAUAAAUGAAAUGAUUCAACAGAUAAUUGUAGUUUUUAUUUCUUUUGGUUGGUUUUCCUUUUUUGUUUUCACACUGGAUUGAGCAAAUACAACAAUAUUAUGACAAAAAUAAAAAUUUCAGUAGAUAGUUUAAUCCGAAUAAAACACAAUUCUGAAGUUUCUAGAAGGUACUCUAAUUAUAAGGGAGAAAAUAAUAUUGUUAAAUUGAUGCAUAUUUUUCAUUUUCGAGACUUAGGCCACUCUAUCUCACAUAAUCAAAUAAGACUUUUAGAGCAUUUUUAGUUAAACCUUCUCUAAUUUCAUAUGAAUUAUAUAAAUGUACUUUACUUUGAAGUAUUGUGAAAUUUAAAUGAACUGUGAAAAUUCAUUUAAUAGAGAAAUUCAACCCACUAUUUUGUUUUUGCAAUUUUUUUAUUAGUGUGUGCUCAGUUAUGGGACAGGACUGCUUGAUUUAUUAAUUUAUUUUCAUAUUUUGACUAGCCAAUACUGGUGUAUAUGCCCAAAUUUACAGAUUCAGAUUCAUUCUGAUGGUAAGAAAGACCAGUGAAAUUUUCAGGCUUUUAUUUUCAGACUUUUACCCUAGAUUUCCUAGGACUGUGCAGGCACAACAAAACAAAACAGAGUUUAGUUUAUUUAGCAGUCAUUAAAAUGGAUUCAGAAGUUGCAAAUUGUUGAAGACUCACCUUAUAAAUCAUAAAACUGUUUAUAUAGGAGACAUCAGUUUGAUGUCUCCUAUAUAAGCAGCCUUUAUAUGUUAAAAGCGUCGGUAUAAGUAUCGGCAAUGCUGUACCUGCAUUCACUUGAUACUGGAUUGAUAUCAAAAUUUUUAGUAUCGUACACCACUAAGGUUUAUGAAUGUAGUGAAGGAGGAUAUGGAGAAAGGUGGUGUAAUAGAAAAGUAUAGAAUAGAUAGGGUGAGAUACACACUGCGUAACCAAAUAAUAAUAAUAAUAAUAAUAAUAAUAAUAAUAAUGACGUGGAGGUCAAAAAUAAAACCUUCCGAUCGUUUCCAGUCGGAAUUAUUUUGGUAGUGCACAGGAGGAGUGUCGAGACACCGGUGCAGCAGCUACACAGCUGCAUCCGGUCGCAGUCAUUCACGUUUGUUACUGAAAUUGGGGUUCUUUCCCCACAAACCUACCUCACAGCUUAAACCUCACUCAGUGAGUCUGGUUCAUUUAUGUAGGUUACAGUGUCGUAUGUUUAGAAAUGGCAAUUUUAUUAAAAAUAGUUAAAGAAAAAAAGCUAGGAAAACAAACGUCAUGAACUUGUGACCAAAGUGAACGGACCUGGUGUCAAACUACCCAGUGAGUUUUAUUAAAUAGUUUUGUUGUGUACCAUGGUGCCACUAAAACGAAGAAAAACUCUCCCCUCAGAUGUUGGGAAUACUGUCAGUGACAGCAGUGGACAUAAGGUACCAAACAGGUUCCCUCAAAUUGUUUUGUUCCUGUUGGAAAGAAAAAUGGGAGCCAGCCGAAGAUUUUUCCUCUCUCAACUCGGACGAAAGAAAGGCUUUCAGGUGGAGGACGUGUUCAGUGAAAGCGUCACACAUGUUAUUUCUGAGAAUAACUGUGGCACUGAGGUCAGGACGUGGCUAGAGUCUCAGGGAAGGGGUCAGAGCCUCAGAGUUCACCUCCUGGACGUCAGCUGGUACACAGAGAGCAUGCAUGCAGGUCAUCCUGUGGAGAUAACACAUAGACAUAAAUUACAGGAGCAGCAGAUCAGUGAAGCAGAGGUUGCUUUGUUCUCAGUAUCCAGCUAUGCCUGUCAGAGACGAACCACUCUGGACAACCAUAACAGCAACUUGACUGAUGCCUUGUCGCUUUUAGCUGAAAACGCUGAGCUCAGUAAUGAGGACGGACGAGGCGUUGCCUUUCGACGGGCUGCUGCCUUGUUGAAGGCGCUCCCCACACAGGUGAUAAGCAUGUCACAGCUCAGGGGUCUGCCUUGUCUUGGAGAACACUCACUUAGAGUUAUAAAAGAUGUUUUGGAGAAUGGAGUGUCAAGUGAGGUUGAAUCCACCAAGGAGUCGAAGCGGUACAAAGCACUAAAGAUUUUGACUGGUAUUUUUGGAGUUGGAGCCAAAACUGCUGACCGAUGGAUUAGAGAGGGAAUAUACAACCUUGAGCAGUUACGAGAUUCAGGACAAACACUUAAUCGAGCACAAAAAGCAGGUCUGGAGCACUACGAUGACCUCAACGAGCCAGUCACUAAAGCAGAAGCAGAUGCCAUCGGGGAGAUUGUGCAGAAAGCUGUCAAUUCUGUGCUACCAGGAUCAGAGGUCGCUCUGACGGGAGGAUUCAGGAGAGGGAAGCUGACGGGCCACGAUGUUGACUUUCUGAUAACGCACCCAGAGGAAGGCAAAGAGGUGGGACUGAUGCCUAAAGUGGUCGCCUGGUUGGAAUCACAGGGAUUUCUCUUGUACCAGAAAACUACAAGAAACUCAUACCUGGAGUCGAAGGAUGGCCCUGCUCGGCCUGCCUCCAACAUGGACCGCUUUGAAAGGUGUUUCUCCAUCUUUAAACUGACCAAAAGGAAGGAACAAGAAAGCACGCAGCCAGAGGAGCAAAAUGAUCUGAAAACCGAGGAUGUUCUCAGACCUCACAUGCAGGCGGACACAGAUCAACAAUUAUGUGAGCUCAGUAAGAAUUACCAGAUGGAAGCUGCAUCACACAAAAUAUGGAGAGCUGUGAGGGUGGACCUGGUGGUCUCUCCGAUCAGCCAAUUUGCUUUUGCUGUGCUGGGCUGGACCGGAUCCAAGUUGUUUGAGAGGGAGCUGCGACGUUGGGCUGGGCAUGAGAAGAACAUGUCUCUGAGCAGUCAUGCCCUAUUUGAUAAUACACAGAAUAAAUAUCUGAGAGCUACAUCAGAGGAGGAGAUAUUUGCUUAUCUUGGUCUGGAGUACAUCCCUCCAUCAGAGAGAAAUGCUUGAAGCGGCCUGAUCAGCUGCUACAUUGCACGCAAGCAAGAGCUGGAGGGCAGAAAUAAAUGCUUCUGUUAGAAGGGCGCCAUCAUGGCAUGGAGUUGCUGUGUAACUACUAAAGAAAUAUUAUAUGAUUGAACUCAAUGAUGACACCCACUCAGAUGACUGACAUUUUCUUAUUACAUGAAUACUGAAUUUUAUUUAUUAAUCAAAUACACUGACCGGAACUGAACCUGUUUUGUUUUUUUAAUAAAUGUGAAAUUUACAACUGAAAGAGUGAAAACAAACCUUGCUUCCAGUAACAGUGUAAUUUCAGAAAUUACGCAGACUUCCUAUUUACAUAUAAUUUAUGAAUUUUUGGGCCACAGUAUCAAAACGAACACAAACAACUGAUAUGCGAUACAGGACUACAUAAAGUGCAAGUGUAUAAAAAACAAAACAAAACAGUGCAACACCAGACACAGCACAAUGCAGACACAACAGUGCAAUAAAAAAGUGCAACAAUGA